AUGACGAGACGCCAGAAAAAGCUCGGAAUCGACGAUGACCAGAAGCUUCAGGCUCUUUUUGACAAGAGGAUUUCACAGGAGGUCAACGGAGACGCUCUUGGAGAGGAAUUUAAAGGCUAUGUUUUCAAAAUCAUGAGAGGUUGUGAUAAGCAAGGAUUUCCCAUUAAGCAGGGAGUGCUAACCCUUGGCCGCGUUCAUCUCUUGCUUCACAAAGGGAUCCCCUGCUUUCGUGGAUAUGGAAGGCGCAAUGGAGAAUGCAAGAGUAAGUCUGUGCGUGUCUGUAUUGUUAGUCAGGACCUUUCUGUAUUGAACUUGGUAAUUGUGAAGAAAGGUGACAAUGAUCUUCCUAGGCUCACCGACACAGAGUAA